CCCUCCGCCAGAUCCCACAAUGGUCUUUUCCAGCUCCGCUUAUCACAGCAGAAUCCGUAACAUGCCAUAAUUUCUUCACCGGUGUGCGUGUGCGCGUGUGAAUGGAUGCUUGACCCCGGAUAUCAAAUGUCAUUACCCGACGCGGCUAAUUCGGUGAUUCUUGGGCGUUUUGCUGGACAAUGCCAGCGGCGGGGAGCAGCCGCACCUCCCGUACCGUCGGAUCCACGGCGCCCCUGCUGCCUGCGCGCUCCGGUGAAGCCUCAUCUCAGGUCCGUCCGCUCCACGGUGUAGCUCGCAGGGACUGCAGUCGCCAUCGACCCGCCGCCUGAGCUUCUUCUGAUAGUAAAGGGAUAAAUUCGGAGCCGAGAUGAUGUGCGAGGUGAUGCCUACGAUCAGCGAGGACACGGCGCUGAGCCAACGCGGCUCCCAGAGCAGCGCCUCGGACCCGGACUCUCACUUUGAGCAGCUGAUGGUCAACAUGCUGGACGAACGGGACCGGCUCCUGGACACGCUGAGAGAAACCCAGGAGAGCCUGGGAUUGGCUCAGCAGCAUCUCCAGGAUGUUAUUUAUGACCGGGACUCGCUGCAGCGCCAGCUUAGCUCCGCCCUUCCACAGGAGUUUGCUGCACUGACCAAGGAGCUGAACGCCUGCAGGGAGCAGCUGCUGGAGAAGGAGGAGGAGAUCUCUGAACUCAAAGCAGAGAGGAACAACACCAGGUUACUUCUGGAGCAUCUGGAGUGUCUGGUGUCCAGGCACGAACGGUCGCUUCGAAUGACGGUGGUCAAGCGGCAGGCGCAGUCUCCAUCUGGGGUCUCCAGUGAAGUGGAAGUCCUUAAAGCCCUCAAGUCUCUGUUUGAGCACCAUAAAGCGCUCGAUGAGAAGGUAAGAGAACGACUACGAGUGUCUCUGGAGAGGGUGUCAGCCUUGGAGGAGGAGCUAACAGCAGCCAAUCAGGAGAUUGUUGCCUUACGAGAGCAAAACGCUCACCUCCAGAGAAAAGUUGCAUCCGGAGACGGAGGAGAGGAUGUCCUGGAGGGCAGCGAAGUGAAUCAAAAGCUCCACGGAAAGCGUCUGUCCAACGGAUCUCUGGAGUCGGCCCGAGAGGCCAGCCAGGUGGUGGAGCUGCAGGACCUUUUGGAAAAGCAGAACUACGAGCUGGCCCAGAUGAAGGAGCGCAUGUCGUCGCUCUCCUCCCGCGUGUCCGAGGUGGAGCAGGAGCUGGAGACGGCCCGCAAGGACCUCAUCAAGUCAGAGGAGAUGAACAACAAGUACCAGAGGGACAUCAAAGAAGUCAUGUGCCAGAAGGAGGACAUGGAGGAGCGAAUCGUGACCCUGGAGAAACGCUACCUGAGCGCCCAGCGAGAGGCCACGUCUGUCCACGACAUCAACGACAAGCUGGAGAAUGAACUGGCCAAUAAAGAAGCGUUCCUCAGACAGAUGGAGGAGAAGAACCGGCAGCUGCAGGAGAGGCUGGAGCUGGCUGAGCAGAAGCUCCAGCAGACCAUGAGGAAGGCGGAGACGCUGCCCGAGGUGGAAGCAGAACUGGCCCAGAGGAUCGCCGCCCUCACUAAGUCCGACUCCAGCUCCUCUUCCUCCCCCGAUGAUUGUCACUUUUUUAUGGAAUCUAAACUCCAAGACAUGAACUCCAUUCUUAGGAAGGCGGAGGAGCGUCACGGGAGCAUCGAGGAGCGGAUGAGGCACUUGGAGUGCCAGCUGGAGGAGAAAAACCAGGAGCUGCUCAGGGCUCGCCAAAGAGAAAAGAUGAACGAAGAGCACAACAAGCGACUGUCGGACACGGUGGACCGACUCCUCACCGAGUCCAACGAGCGUCUCCAGCUCCACCUGAAGGAGAGGAUGGCCGCGCUGGAAGAGAAGAACGUUUUAAUCCAGGACUCUGACGGAUACAGGAAACAGUACGAAGAGUCGAUCCAUGAAAAAUCUCAGCUGGCAGAGGAGAUUGAGAAGCUCAGAGCAGAGCUCGACCAGUAUAGAUUGAGGGCAGGCUCCCUCACAGAACCCACUCUUUCACGGUCUCAUCUCGACACGUCGGCUGAGCUGCGAUUCUCUUUGGGAUCGCUGACUGAAACCCAGUCGGACCACUACCGCUCAGCCAAAGUCAUCCAGCGGCCAAGAAGAGGGCGAGCUGGUCUGCGUGAGGCAAAGGCGAAGUCCCUGGGGGAGCACGAGUGGCGCUCGCAGCAGUUAGGGGUCCUGGGGGGCCACCACUUUGAGAGCGACACCGAGAUGUCGGACAUUGAUGACGAUGAUCGGGAAACGCUGUUCAGCUCCAUGGACCUUCUCUCGCCCAGCGGCCACUCCGAUGCACAAACUCUAGCCAUGAUGCUGCAGGAGCAGCUGGACGCCAUUAACAAAGAGAUCCGGCUGAUUCAGGAGGAGAAAGAGUCGACGGAGCUGCGAGCAGAGGAGAUUGAGAACCGGGUUGCCAGCGUUAGCCUGGAGGGGCUCAACCUGGCUCGUAUGCACCACCACGGAGCCUCCAUCACGGCCUCGGCCACUGCCUCCUCCCUGGCUUCGUCUUCUCCACCCAGCGGGCACUCCACACCAAAACUGGACCCUCGAAGCCCAGCCCGCGACAUGGAGCGCAUGGGAGUAAUGACUCUGCCCAGUGACCUGAGGAAACACAGGAGGAAGAUUGCAGCUGUGGAUGAGGACGGCCGAGAGGACAAGGCCACCAUAAAGUGUGAGACAUCUCCCCCUCCGACGCCGCGCUCUGUCCGAAUGACGCACACACUGCCAGCCUCCUCGCACAACGACGCCCGAGGGAUCGUGGCCUCUCUGGAGGCUGAAGCUAGCGCUUUAAGUAGCGUCGCCAGCAGCCAAGAUUCACUCCACAAGCAGCCUAAGAAGAAGGGGAUCAAGUCCUCCAUCGGACGGCUCUUUGGGAAAAAAGAGAAAGGCCGACUGGCUCAUCUAGCACACCGACAGGUCAUGGUAGAUCCACAAGCUACAAUGAUGGACCAAGACGUGUCGGGUCAGGACGUGGGGGUGGGCAAGUUGGGAACUCAGGCUGAAAAGGACCGCAGAUUGAAAAAGAAACAUGAGCUUUUGGAGGAGGCUAGGAGGAAAGGUUUACCUUUCGCCCAAUGGGACGGCCCCACGGUGGUAGCCUGGCUCGAGCUGUGGUUAGGAAUGCCGGCCUGGUACGUGGCAGCCUGCCGUGCUAACGUGAAAAGUGGUGCCAUCAUGUCGGCCCUUUCCGACACAGAGAUCCAGAGGGAGAUCGGAAUCAGUAACCCUCUGCACAGGCUCAAGCUUCGGUUGGCCAUUCAGGAAAUGGUCUCCCUGACCAGCCCGUCAGCCCCGCCCACCACCAGAACCCCGUCAGGCAACGUGUGGGUGACCCAUGAGGAGAUGGAGACCCUGGCAGCUCCUUCUAAAACGAAGUCAGAUUCGGAAGAGGGGAGCUGGGCACAGACUCUGGCCUACGGGGACAUGAACCAUGAGUGGAUAGGGAACGAGUGGCUGCCCAGUCUCGGACUACCUCAGUACCGCAGCUACUUCAUGGAGUGCCUGGUGGACGCCCGCAUGCUGGACCACCUCACCAAGAAGGACCUGAGGGUGCACCUAAAAAUGGUGGAUAGCUUCCACAGAACAAGUUUACAGUAUGGUGUCAUGUGUCUGAAGAAGCUGAACUAUGAUAGAAAAGAACUGGAGAGACGCAGGGAACACAGCCAGCAUGAGAUAAGAGAUGUCUUGGUGUGGAGUAAUGAACGAGUCAUCCGCUGGGUGCAGAGCAUAGGCCUGAGGGACUACGCCAACAUCCUGCUGGAGAGCGGUGUGCAUGGAGCUCUGGUCGCCCUGGAUGACAACUUUGACUACAGCAGCCUGGCACUGCUCCUCCAGAUCCCCACCCAAAACACUCAGGCACGUCAGAUUCUGGAGCGAGAAUACAAUAACCUGCUGGCGCUGGGCACUGACAGGAGGCUGGAGGAGUGUGACGACAAAGACUUCCGGGGUCCAUCGUGGCGGAGGCAGUUCCCUCCUCGGGACGUCCACGGCAUCAGCAUGAUGCCUGGAUCAGCGGAAACUCUUCCUGCUGGGUUCCGUCUCACGGCGACGUCUGGUCACUCCAGAAGGCUGCCCCCCGAAGUCGGACCGUCUGCGGUGCAGCGACUGGACGGCUCCACGGUGAGAACCUACUCCUGCUGAGAGGAGGAAGAGGGGGACCAGAAACUGUACGCUCUCCAGUUCUGAGUGAAAACGUCCUUUUGGAUCUGCUGAGGAACACAACCAAUCCAACGACACGCACUGCCAAGAAGCUCUGCUCUCCUCGGACUCCCUGGAAACGUGGGCACCACGCCGGUGCUAAACCGUCCUGCAGGCUGCCUCAUUGUCACCAUUUCUACCUUUUACAUGUAAAGUAACUUGUCAGAGCAUCAUGUACUGUGUAGGUUAUCUGUAAAUUAAUAUAAAUAUGCCAUUUUUAUUAUAUUACGCAAACAUUAUGUAUAAAAGAUAUUCGGCGUUUGUCCUCGCCACCUCAUUUAGUGGACCAUAGAUGAAUAUAUGCUGCUCUUUAAACUCCAUGUUCCUCUAGAUCAUUUUGUAAAUAUGGUUUUAUUUUUUCAUCGUGCUGGGCCCUAGAGGGGAAGAAACUCUGGAUGUUAUGUGAAACGCUGCUCUCUAAUGGCGGCCCACAACCCGUCCACACACUGGAAGGACGCGACAAGCACUUUUUCCACCAACUCAGACUUUUAGUAGCCAAGGACAAAAAAAAACAAAAAACUAGACGCUGUGAAGUCGCACACAACGCCGUCCGUGGACCCGUUUCUUGUUGUACUGUACGUUUCGUCGGGCGACACAUUCACACUCCUACAGCCGAGUUGGCCUUCUCCCCAACGAACAGAAAUAACUGAAAGACAGGCCGCUUUAGCUCUUUGUGCGUGCGUGUGUGUGUGUGUGUGUAUAGAGUGUAUAUGACAUGUUGAAGUGAGGUGAUUUAAUGACAAAUAAAAAAAAAUAAACUGUU